AUGUGGUGUUACUCUUAUAGUGAAUGUAGUCUACCAGAAUGUUUGUUAGAGGUUAUAGGCACGGGGGGAAUACAGCCAUCAGCCCUGAGCUGCAACUCUAAAUUUCUAGCCGUGGUGACGCAAGGGGAGGACGGCUCAAACAGACUCUUCAUUAUUCAUCUUCAAGAGAAAAGGUUUUACUUGCUGAAGAGGAUUGCAAAACCUUGUACUGCCUUGGUAUUUCAUCCAUAUAUGGAAAACAUGCUCUUUCUUGCUACUGCUGCAACUAAGAUUUAUAGAAUUAAUGCUGAUGACGGCAGUGUCGUGGUCAUGGAGGGACACACAUCACCAGCAAAGGGAAUCCAUUCGGGGUCACGGUCACCACUUGUGCUAAGCUACAAUACUGACGAGGUCUUCUUGUGGUCGUGGCCAUCCCUCACCCUAACCAACAAACUGAGGCUGGAAGACAGGGUGGCUGUGGUUUGGGCAGGACAUGUUUGGCAGCGAGAUGAACUGGUCGUGUGCUUUAUUAACGGCAGCCUGCUUCUCUGGCCCAGCCAAGACCUCUCUACACAGAGAACCAUAGAACCUCCAAGUGGACUUGAUUUUGAUUUCACUGCCUUUACACUCUCAAGGAGUAGUUGUUACGUCUUUGUGAUGUUCAACUGUUAG